CACCAUCCCCAUUUACAGGCUUAUUACAAAACCUGCUCUCUCUCUCUCUCUCUCUCUCUCUCUCUCUCUCUCUCAAGGGUAUGGCAUAUUUCAGUUUGUUGGACACUUCCCAGCUGGAUCUUAAUGCAAAUCCUAUGAGCCUUACGGAUGAAGUUCCGGUAUGUGAAGCUUCAAUAAUAAUUAAAGAGGUGGUGCAAACCAAUUUCCUUGGGUUGGGAAGGAAGAAUGCAGUCAAAGAAGAGGUUAGUGCUCUAGAAGAGGAAUUGAACAGGGUGAAUGAGGAAAACAAGAAGCUGACAGAGAAGUUGACAGUGGUGUGUGAGAAUUACAAUACUUUGAGGAGCCAUUUGGUGGAUUACAUGAACAAGAAUCCUGUUGGGGCAGAUCAGGCCCAGACGGUGGGGAAGAAGAGGAAGGCAGAGAGCUCAAUCACCACCAACAAUGGUGGAAAAAACAACAACAAUGGAGGAAAUACUAAUGUCAAUUCAGAUCAGAGUAGUUCGAGUGAUGAAGAUUCUUUAAGCAAUAAGAAGCCUAGGGUUAGGGAAGAAGAACAUGUCAAGGUGAAAACUUCAAGGGUUUAUGUGAGAACUGAAGCCUCUGAUACUAGCCUUCAGGUGGUGAAAGAUGGGUACCAAUGGAGGAAAUAUGGGCAGAAGGUCACUAGAGACAAUCCUUCCCCAAGAGCUUACUUCAAAUGCUCUUUUGCUCCAACCUGCCCGGUCAAGAAGAAGGUGCAAAGAAGCAUUGAAGAUCAAUCCAUUUUAGUUGCAACAUAUGAAGGAGAGCAUAACCAUUCACACCCUUCAAGAGUUGAGGCUGCGUCGAGCUCAAACCUCUGUGUGACACUCGGCUCAUCACCCCCUCGCCCGCCUUCGCUCGCCUCAUCUGGACCAACCAUCACCCUUGACCUCACAAAACCUAAUACAAACACCGAUUCGAAAAUUCCAAACCCAGCGGUCAGUUCACAGGAAUUUCAGCAGUUUUUGGUUGAACAAAUGGCUUCUUCCUUGACGAAAGAUCCCAGUUUCAAAGCUGCGGUGGCAGCCGCCAUUUCCGGAAGGUUUCUUCAACAUAAUCAGACAGAGAAAUGGUGAAAAGGCCAUGGAUAGGGAGUUUAGUUUUCUUGUGUAAGAUGUUUUUGACUAGUUUUUUUGGAAGAUUUCAAGUGUACCAAUUGAUGUACAUACCACAUUGGUGGAAAGACAAGACUUAGUAUUUGUUUUAUAACAAGUAGUUUGAAAAUUUCCAAAUGAGGGGGACCCAACCGCAGCUCAUUUAGAAUAAGUUUUCAAACUCUUGUUGCAGAGCCGAAUUAAUGGAAAUAAUUACAAAUUCUCCGAUUUCAGAAA